AUGUCUCGCUUUGUCCCAGCCGCCACGCGAUUGGUGGAUAACUACUUGGAUGAAAACGAGCUAACACCAAGUGACGUUGCGGCUUUCUUUGCAUCCAUGUGGGGAGCGGCGCUCGAUCUAUUGGCUUGCUCCAGUGAUGAGGCGUGCUUUUUUCUUCGCCAGUCGUGCGCAUCCAAUCGUAAGGCGGCAGACGCAGUUGAAGAAUACAUUGCGGCAACCAAAGGCCAUCGCGUCACAUUGGAUUUGAACCGUGCCAAGUUCAUGAUGGUAUGGAUAACGUACGACACAGAUCACAGCGGUGACAUCAGCCUUGGUGAACUAAGGAAACUUGUGAAGGGCAUGAAUUUUCCCCACGACCUCUCGAAGGGACUCAUUGACACUGUAAAGGCUGAGAAUGGAAGCGUGAAGUAUGCCACACUGGAGAAUGUGUACAUGUCCCUGACAAAGCUUACCGAAUUGGAAUACUCUUUCAGGGAAAUUGUGGGCCCAGAUCGCAACACCAUGACAAGAGAUGAAUUUGUGUCAUUUCUGCGAGAUACCCAGGGCGAGGAUAUGACAUGUGAGCUGGCUGAGGAAAUGCUGGACGCCGUUGGCUGUGCCCCUUUCAGUGACAUUCAUGUGAACAGUUUUCUUCGCUUCCUCGAAAACCCGCAUUACUGCAGCAUUGUCGACCAGGUGAAAGUGCUCAAUGUUUACCACGAUAUGAAUCAGCCAAUUUGCAACUACUACAUAAAUUCCUCGCACAAUACAUAUCUCACGGGGGACCAAUUGACCAGCAAGUCGUCAACGGAGAUGUACAAAAAGACUCUUCUUGGUGGAUGCCGAUGCGUAGAGUUGGACUGCUGGGAUGGUCCUGGAGGUGAACCAAUUGUGUAUCACGGAUACACUCGGACCUCGAAGAUCUCGUUUCGGUCUUGCGUGGAGGUAAUCAAGGAGUACGCCUUCGAAGUUUCAGACUACCCGGUUAUUCUCUCGCUAGAGGUGCACACGAGUUUGGCGCAGCAGCAUCGCAUGGCUGAGAUUAUGUGUGAAAUCUUUGCGGAUAUGCUUUUCAAGAGUCAGUGGGGUCCUGGCGAAGAGCCUUUGGUGCUGUUCUCUCCAGAGAACCUCAAACGAAAGAUUCUUGUGAAGAGUGAAAGAGGUUCGAUAGCAAAAGAUGAACCUGGUGUAGACAAGGAUUACGACGACGAAGGAGAGUUGGUAGUAAAAGUUUCUCCCACGACCAAGCAAGAGUACGAACGCAUCCGAGAAGAAAGGCGUAAACAGAAUAAGAAGAGCGAGAAGAAUAUAUCGGAAAAACUUUCUUCUGUAGUGUCAAUUGAAUCUACCGGUUUUCAGGGUGUGGCGGACCUUGCCUAUCUUUCCAGGCGACAUCCAUACCAGUGCAGCUCAUUUGUGGAAGGUAAAGCGAGGAAAAUGGCACUCUCAAAUGCACAGGCGUUUGCGACGAUCAAUAGACAGUGUCUCAGUCGCAUAUACCCUGCAGGGUCUCGAUUUGACAGCAGCAACUACCAUCCACAACUGUUCUGGGACUGCGGCUGCCAGAUUGUGGCGUUGAAUUGGCAAUCAACCAAGACGUAUGAGUGGAGGCUUAACCGUGGGUUUUUUUAUGAUAACGGGAAUUGCGGGUACCUCCUCAAACCGUCCUGCUUGCGGUCCGACUCCGAAGCAGUUGUCGGUUCGCAGGUGCGAAGAUUGGCUGUGGAGGUUAUUUCUGGGUUUUGUAUACCAAAACCAAAACGUUCAACAAAGGGAGAGAUUGUGGAUCCAUUCGUCUCUUGCUUUAUCGAAGGUCCAGAUGCUGACACCACGCCAAAAUCUACAGGUACCAUCCACAACAACGGAUUUCAUCCCGUGUGGCGUGGGAAAGGUCUGAAGACUGAUUUUGCAUGGGAUGUGAAGAACUGGGAGCUAUCCACUCUUGUUGUGCAGAUAUACGAUGAAGAUAAGACCCGAAGUGAGUUCUUAGGUGAAUGUACACUGCCUUUGCGUCUGUUAAAAAAGGGCAUCCGCCGGAUUCCCAUUCAUGAUGUUUCGGGGUCUUCAAUUUUGGGCUCAUUUAUCAUGUGCUGUGUUACGUUUCUAUGA